UGUAGAAGCAGCCCAAGAAAUUUCUGGGGUGCCUAAUCCCUAUGGUUGUAGUCAGUAAAGACUCUAAACAAUCUCCGAAGAAGAAAAUUUUCCCUGGCAGAUGGAGGAGGCCUCAGCUUCAUCGCUCUGCAAUGACGUUCCAAAUCUUUUAUCAUUUUUCAUCGAUACUUUCGUUGACUUCUCAGUCAGCGGCCUCUUCCUCUUACCCCCGCCGUCGCCGCCGGUAGAAAAUCCUAACUUCGCUUCCGUGAGUGAGCCUUCUUCCCCUCUUUCACGCUUUGUCCCUGCCUUGCAGACCCGCCUACCCUCACCAGACCGUCUAAUUGCCAUUGGCGAUCUCCAUGGCGAUCUUGAGAAAUCCAAACAGGCUUUCCGACUUGCCAAGCUUAUAGAUGAGUCCGAUCGUUGGAUUGGAGGGUCCACCACCGUGGUCCAGGUCGGGGAUGUGCUCGACCGGGGAGGCGAAGAGCUCAAGAUCCUCUACUUGCUCGAGAAAUUAAAGCGCCAGGCAGCGAGAAGUGGUGGCACCAUCAUCACCAUGAACGGGAACCACGAGAUUAUGAACGUGGAGGGCGAUUUCAGGUACGUCACCCGGCCUGCUUUGGAUGAAUUUAAGGUGUGGGCGGAUUGGUUUUGUUUAGGGAACAAGAUGAAGAGUCUUUGUCGAGGGUUGGAGAAGCCCAAAGAUCCUUUUGAAGGGAUUCCCUCUGCUUUUCGCGGUGUGAAGGAAGAGUUCUUCGACGGUUUUAAAGCCAGGAUUGCUGCAUUGCGGCCUAACGGUCCAAUUUCGAGCCGAUUUUUGUCACAGAAUGUGACUGUAUUGGUUGUUGGAGAUUCGAUUUUCGUUCAUGGGGGCUUAUUGCCCCAACAUGUUACUCAUGGAUUGGAGCGGAUAAACGAAGAGGUGAGGGAUUGGAUUAACGGGUUGUCAGGGAGACGCUCACCUGCUUAUUGCCGGGGGAGGGAAGGUUUGGUUUGGUCGAGGAAAUUUUCAAAUGAAUCGGCACAAAAUUGCGAUUGUUCCGCUCUUGAGCAUGUUCUUUCCACCAUUCCCGGUGCGAAGAGGAUGAUCAUGGGCCACACAAUCCAAGAUGUUGGAAUUAAUGGUGUUUGUGAUAACCGAGCUAUUCGGAUUGAUGUGGGCAUGUCAAAGGGUUGUAUAAAUGGUUUGCCUGAAGUGUUGGAGAUAGAAGGGAAAAGGUCAGGAUUGCGGAUAUUGACAUCAAAUCCUUUGCAUCAGAACAACAAUUCUUCUAGCGUUGGUAUGGAGAAAGAUGAAGGUCUUGGGUUGUUGGUUCCAGAAAAUCAACCAAAGCAAGUGGAAGUUAAGGCUUAAUUAGCAUAUAAUUUUAAUUGAUUUUUCUCAGCUUUGGGCUUUUCCUUAGGUGGCAGUCCAUGGCUUGAAGAUGGGUUGCAGAUUUCAAAAUUUAUCAUAUCUGCAGUCCAAAGGCUUCGGGAAAAAUGGGAAAUAUCAAGGAAGGAGGAGAAAUAGCAUAACACGAAUUUAGUACGUGUGCCUGCAAUGAUAACUUAGAGACCUCCCAAAUAAUACUGCAUUGCUACCUCAGGAGUUUUACUCUGAAGGUGUUCUUUGCUUCCAUGCUUCAAUCCCGUUGAACAUUGUUUCAGUGGAUAAAGGCUUAUGGCUAUUGGUGUAUAAUUUUUUGUAUCAAUAAGGUGACGGAUUAGAUUUCCUGUCAACUCUGUCAUAGUUAGUAGAAAGAAUUAGUUGUUUCUGAAGAUAGAGCAUGCAGAUUUAGUUUCAGUUUUUCCCCCAGUAUUGAUCUUCUAAUUUAUCAUGGUUUGACCUGAUGUCACAACAGUGAUUUCAAGCAUUAACCUUCUUUUGAAGACAAGUUAUACAGCAAAUAAAUGUAAAUGGUUAUAGUCCAUGCAA